UGUGUGGUAGCCACUUUCAAAUAUCUUUUGUCCAGAACACGUGUAUUCCUUGUUUCAAACUGAACGAUCGUGGUAAAAAAUGGCCAGACUGCCUCCUAACAAGCCAAGUCGUCGUCGUGAUCAAGAUAAAGAGAGCCAGCACGAGUCAGGGAAAGACAAGGCCGCAGAUCACCGAUCCAGCUGAGCAUGCGGGUAAUUCUUCAACUGACACAAGUUUAAUUCAAGAACCUCUGGAAGCUAGUACCCCAGUUCUUAAUGAGACAAGCCGAGUUUUGCCAAGUGGUGGUUCACAGUUGUUCGAAACUCCGCGCACAACUGCUACCGAAAAUCAUCGUAGGUCAAGCUUCCUGAGCCUCCUUCCACCAAGAAAUACCACGGAUCAUGAAGAUCACGGAGAUAGCCAAGCGGACAUCGCUAAUCAGUUAAACGAGUUUUUUAAAAGGCAAGACGCCUUCAACAAAAGUAUAGAAGAAAAAGUUCAGUUAGCGCUGAAUGAAACAGCAGAGAAAACAAGGCAAUCAAAACGACUUCCCAAGGAACUAUCGAGCAAUGUAAGAGCAGUUUAUGACAAAAGCGAUAAAAAAUGGGACUUGUCAAAAAAAUUCAAUGAUCAAGAUAGGGAAAUAAAUGCCGCGAUCUUGGCAGGAGUUCGAAGCACUGAUUCAAAGACUUCUACCGCGCUAAUUAUGAGAGCAAUGAGAGUGCAUUUCAAAACAAAAAAGCGGCAAAGACAAAACAAAGAACAAAAGAAAGACUCGCAAGUGCUGAAAGAGCAAAGAAAGCGUUCGCGACUGAACUCGAAAAAGGCCAAUCGUAUCAAAGCGCUCAACCAGUCUACGUCCAUAGCUGAGGAUGACAACAAAAAAAAUACUGCAACGUCAUGACAGUGGAUUUUAUGUCCUCGGAAGAGUCGGCAUCCGAAGACGAGUUAGAUGCCGAGGAUCCAUCGGAAGAGUCCGAUUCGGAARAAGAGGGGARCAAAAGAAAGAAAAGGGACUUCUUUCUUUUGAAACCUCUCCCAUGGAGAAGCGAGGAGGUCACUAAACUGAUGAAAGUUUUGGACAAAAAGUCAAAGAGGAGGAAAUCUCAAAAAAGUCUUAACAUGAGUUUAGAGAGAAGGGUGGGACCUCCUUCUAAGAGAUUGGCUCMCAUUGAUGCCCCAGCMUUUUCUCUUARAUAGGCUAAUUGAUUGAGUGAAUGCGUAAAAAGCUAAUGUGGCCAGACCAUUGAUUAAUAUAUUAUCWACAGCAUUUGGCCGAAAUAGCUUUGUACUCAUUGAAUACAUUAAUUGAUGCAUUUUAUUUUCCUAUCGGUAUUUCUAAUUAUGCACGUCCUUAAAUAAGGACGGCAUUCACAAAUUAGCCUCCAUAGCGAUACUUCAUGUUAGUACGAUCAUUGUGAUUUAAUAUGCGGCCGAUUAUUUUCAAUAGACCUAAUCGGCUAGCGUGUUGCUACGUACGUUGCCACCCAAUUCAAUUCUGRGAAUGUUUCAUUGGUAGUUAUAUUUUGGUUUUAGAGUUGAAUUCGUAGAGACAAACUAUUCUAUUCCCAGAAGGUUUGAAUUGGGUGGUAACGUACAUAGCAGCACGUUAGCCGAUUACGUCUAUUGAAAGCMCUUUACGAGUUGACUUGUUGACAACCCCAAAAACGUCCGUCAAAAUGAAGUAUCAAUUUGUUGCAGUUCAGGGAGACAGGACAAAACAAAUGUCAAAAUGAAAUUGUAAUAAUACUAUUUCUGUCAUUAUUGUCAAAGAGCAAUAAAUUUUUUUCUUGAUGUAA